GACAACGCUACCACUUUUGUGUCAACUGCGGAGGGUUAUUAUCAGUUGUCCUAGUGCUAGCCCACCAGUUUGUUUACCUUGUCAACAGACUAAUACCCAGAUCAUCCCUCAGCCCAGUGAGCGGAUCAUUUCUAGGGGUGAUGGUAGACUGCCAACAACCCCUGAACCAUCAGAGGAGCAACACCCACCUGCAUUUGGUUUUACCACUUACAUUGUAUCUACCAGACUGAAGUAUAAAGAAAACGGUGGUUUUUGAUGGGAACACUUUGUGCCUGAGCUUUGUUUGGAGUUUAUGUCUUGUCCAUGAACAGAAGUUUUUAAUCAGUUGGAGUCUCUGUCGGUGUGCGAGGAUUUUGGAACAAAACUUUCAGUUUGUGAGUUCAGUUAUGUGCCAUCUCACGGGGGCCAGAUUUUUGAACUUAUGCCGCGACAUGGAUCAUUUCCAUUUGGUAGAGCUCAGCCGAGAUAUGUAGCUACCAUGUGGACUGCUACAUGUGACAUGCCACGUGCACAACUGCUGUGUUAAAACACGACCGCAUCUUUUGAUAAACUUUUUAAGCUGCUUAUCACGAUAAACCAUCUGAAAGGAAAACAUCCCAUUGCACGCCAUAUAAAACGUGCCAUGGCUUUAUUGCACCUGCAUUGUGUGAAUUUAUGGAUUUAGAGGAUACAAGUUUAGUGACUGCACUCGGCUCAAGUACAGGGGUUUCAUUGACUUGUUCAUACAGCCAACCAUAAGUGACGUACCUGUACAUUUAUGUGAACACUAAAGUUCUUGGAUUGCUGCAAAGCAUAUUACUUGGAUGCUGUAACUGCCACUGGAAAACUUUCAGUCUUCAGUUGGAAAACUCAAUUUGUUUUCCAUCAGAAAAUGAAGACUGCUUAUUCACAAAUUGAGAGAAUGAACUCUUAUCCUAACAUCACAAUGCAGUUAUACAAUGAGACUGGCUCCCUGACCAACACGAGCUCCCCAUUUUAAAACACAACACCCUUCAAACUGGACAAUCUGAGGAGAACACCAGACCCUGUUACCAUGUCUAGCCCGUCAAGCUUUGAUGACCAUAAAACGUACGGUGUGAUCACAAACAUGAAUGCCGGGACUGGUAGAAAGAGUGCAUCUGCUAAUGAACUGCAACGGGGGUCAAACUCUAGAAGGAGAUCGGACUCCGAUUUAGACCACAAAACACUCCUUCAGCCUUCUCCUGAACACCACAGUAUGAUCAAUAUCGGGACAGAAAGUCUACUAAAGACAUCUUAUAACAUAGCACCUCUGACUCAAGAAAGAAUAAAGACCAAGAGAAAAGCAAAGCAAAGACAUGACUCACUGAGUCCAGAUUUGGAGAUAGAUGGAUCGACGAGGAAUCUUGAUAUUAAUCGCAAUGUCAGAUCUGGUACCAGCAAUUUGCACAGUCAUGAGGAAACCCAAAAGAGAAAGAAACAUUUGGACUUGCGACCGAUUCAAAGAAACAGCCCCUACCCGCUCUGGAAGUUCAGUAAAUCACGGGAGCCCCCUGAGACGGCGUUGGAUGUCGCUUACAGGACAAUUCUUGACUACAAGCAGCCGAUAACUCUCCACAGGCAGCCCAAGGCAGACCGUCAGAUGAUACACUACGACUGCCUCCCAAGUAUCAAGGUCUUCAGUGAGGAACAUCAGCAGAGGCGAGAGGCAAUGCGAUAUCAACUGAAGCAGCAACUACAGCUGGAGGACCACAGGAAACGACAAGAGAUCCUAGAGAUGGAACAGGACAUCAUCCCGGAAAGCGAACGAGAGGAAAACAUCCAGAAGAGCAUCUUCCUUCCUUCAGGGGAGGAGUAUGAAUUCUCAGAGGGUGAUAUCACCAUGGCAACCUUACCGGUUCCAACCCAAAGAACCGAACGUAGGAGCUCUACCUCGAGUCAUCAUUCCAGUCGAAGCCUCCAGAAAUCCAGUUCCUCAACACCAGUGUCAUCCAGACGUAGCUCUCAUGAUGUAGGGCAAGCCAAUACUACGCCUCUCUCUCUCUCCGUUAUGCCUCCAUCACCUUUGCCCUCAACAAAAGGAUCAAAGCGUCGUCACUCUGUCAGUACUUUAGUCCGCCGAGAGAAGAUGUUCAGUGUAGUCAGUCACUGGCCCGGUAUGAGACCUAGUCAGAAGCUGUUUGAGAUGGAGGAACCCUCUCCUGAAAUGACUGAUGAGGAUACUUUUGUUGAGAUGCCUACACCUCCACCUGUUCAUGACGCGACACCUGUCCAUCAGGCACAUCAUAGGAAGAGGAAUUCAAGAAUGCUGAAACAUGCCGAGAGUAAGGCGGUGUAAAACAGGGCACACUCUCCAACCAAAGACAUGAUAUGAACUGUACAUUGGCAACGUUUGAAACUUGCUGUUCAUGUAUACAACAAUUAUCCAUAAUGGACAUUUACAUAAAUAUGUAAGAAUUAAUGAACUACAAACAAGUGUUAAAAAACCAAAUCAUAUGUAUAUACAUGUACAUUGUAAAUGUAUGAGAAAGUGGGAGUGUAAAGACUCAUCAUAAACACAAUUUUUCAGUGAUAGCCUAAAGAAAUGACAUAUAGCCUUAUGUCAAUGUCAAUUCAGUUUUCAAAUUCUAGGUUUAUA